CUCAAACUCAAACUGUCUAUGGAGCUCAGGCACGAGUAGAGCGGCUCUCCGAAACAGUGUGGUCUCUGUUGUGAUGAGACAGAAGUAGCCCGUUCCUGAAGAGCUGUGUGACCAUAGACAUUUGUUGACCGGUGGUGAUGGAGCGGCCGACGCACCUGAGCAGCAGCCAGUCUGUCAUGAGCAGCCUGGACAAAUCUCCCAUUUCAGCCUUCAAACCGGGGCACUCGCGCAAUAACAGCUCCGGCUCGUCGUCCAGACACUCCAGACAGAACUCCAGGGACUGGGAGGUUGUGACGGAUCUGCCGCCUCAUGUCGGUGCUCCUGGUGUGUUCGUGGAGAAGAACAGCAUUCCAGGCGUUUGCGAGGGCUUUCUGAUGAAGAAGAGGAAGUACCCGCUUCAGGGCUGGCACAAGAGAUACUUCAUGUUGGACAAGGGAGUCCUGAGAUACGCCAAGACCCAGCAGGACCUCACCAGGGGGAAGGAGCACGGCUUCAUGGACGUCAGCCUCGCCGUCAUGUCCGUCAACAAGAAGUCCAGCCGUAUCGAUCUGGACGCCGGGCAUAACUUGUAUCACCUCAAGACCAAGAAUCAUGAGAUGUUCUACAUCUGGCUGACCAAGCUGACGGCCCAUCGCAUGUACAAGAAGAACGAGGCGAUGUACAUCCACCAGGGCAUCCUGCAGGCGCUCUCGGCAGGCAACGGCAGCUCGCUGCCCGCCAUGGCCAGCCUCGCCCAGAGGAACAUGGCCAUGAUGGACAUGCUCCCACAGUACCAGAGCACUGCUUCCUUCUGCCAGCCCAGCAUCCUGGACACCUCCUCUGCCUCCUCUUCCCAGGUCAACAGCAAAGUGUCCGCCUGGCUCCAGCAGAGUCAGGAGGCGGACUCGUGUCAGAAAGAGCUGGCCCGCUGUGAGCUGGACCUGGCUGAGCUUUCUCGUCUGAUCCAGCGUCUUCACUGGCUGGAAGGAGAUCUCCCCAUCACUGACUCCGACCUGGAGCACAGGAUCAGCAUGCAUAAUCUGGCUCUGGAGAAGCCGAAGAAGAAGGUGGGGAAGGUCUGGGGACACAACCGCACUAUGUCCCACGGCAUGUUGUCUGCGUCGACGCCAGGUUUAGGUGCGUCUCUGCAGUCCAUCCCGGACUACGUUUACACUCAGCUGUCCACCCCGGGGGUCACUUCACCUGAGGGAAAGAAACUGCAGCAGGAGAUCUCCACCGUCUCCCAGAGAGUCCAUGCGUCUCUGAAGAGCGUCCAUGAGGUGUUGUCUCUGGAGCGGGAGCGGCUCCGGCAGGCCUGGACCGCACCGGACCUCCGCCAGUCCACCACUGACCAGCUGGCCACGCUGUGCACAACGCUGUCAGAGCUGGAGGUGCAGUCCCGUCUGACUAAAGUCCACUCGCUGUCCCUGUCCUCCGAUUCCACUGAGGAGUCCUUCUGCACCGUCCGGCAGGACCAGCCCCAGAGCCCCACUGAGACCCGCAGCAGGCUCUCUCUGGCCGAGUCCAUGGCUGAGUAUUUUGACGCCACUGAGGUGAUCGUGUCUGAGAACUUGUCUGAAAACGAGACUUCUGACGAGUCCGGCCUGAGCGACGUCACCACCAGCAACUCGGAACCCGAGGAGGGACACGCUGCGCUCAGUCGGCAGUACAGGGCGAGCGUGUCCAACGCCCAUGACGUUCCCUCCGCCGCACCGAAGGAAACGGGCCGCCGGACGGUCCUGCCUGGUCGCUGCACUGAUAACAGCCACAUCGGCAUCCUCAGCAUCCUCUACAACAACAUCGGGAAGGACCUGUCCCGCGUGUCCAUGCCCGUCGCCCUCAACGAGCCCCUCAACUUCCUGCAGCGGGUCAGCGAGGAGUUGGAGUACCCAGAGCUGCUGGACAUCGCGAACCACACGGACGACCCCUACCAGAGGAUGGUUUAUGUUGCCGUGUUCUCCAUCUCCGGUUACGCCUGGGCUUCCUGGAGGAACCGCUAUAAGCCCUUUAACCCGGUUCUGGGAGAAACGUACGAGAGCGUCCGAGAGGACCGCGGCUUCCGCUACGUGGCUGAGCAGGUGAGCCACCACCCUCCGGUUUCUGCCUGCCAUGCUGAAUCUGAGAACUUCACAUUUUGGCAAGAUCAGAGAUGGAAGAAUAAGUUCUGGGGGAAGUCGGUGGAGAUCGUCUCCACAGGGAUGGUGAACGUCACUCUGCCCAGGUACGGAGAUCAUUAUGAGUGGAAUAAGGCGGUGACCUGCAUCCACAGCGUGUUCAGUCAGCAGCGGUGGCUGGAACAUUACGGAGACGUCGUGAUCCGAAACCUGAAGAACGACAUCUGCACCUGCAAAAUGACCUUCCUCAAGUCCCGUUAUGGUGGUGGGGAGAGCAGCAAGAAUGAAGUGCAGGGGGUGGUCCUGGACAAGGCUGGCACUGUGGUGCACCGGUUUGGAGGUUCAUGGCACGAAGGCAUCUUCUGCGACACUCUGCCCAAUCCACAGUGCAUCUGGAAGCCCAAUGUUCAGCCUGAAGAUCAUUAUGAGUAUUAUGGAUUCUCUCAAUACGCAAGAGAACAGAAUGAGCUGACGCCUGAACUGAGGCCUCUACUGCCACCUACUGACACACGAUUCCGCCCAGACCAGAGGCUUCUUGAAGAGGGUAAAGUGGCCGAGGCCGAUAAGCGGAAGGACGAGGUGGAGGAGAAGCAGAGGGAGCGGAGGAAGGAACUGGCCAAACGAGGAGAGGAGCACAUCCCUCGCUUCUUCAGGAAAACUCAGGAUGACGCUGGGCGAGAGGUGUGGGUGAGCAAUGGCACAUACUGGAAGAUCAGGGAAAAUCCUGGAUUUGCAAACACCACAAAUCUGGACUUAUGGUGACAACUGAUCAAUCAGGGACUCACCAGCGUUGCGCUAUAUAUACGGUUUUUUUUUUGUUUUCUCCAUUUAAACCUAAAUAUACAUCCUUUCCCUCGAUCGGUUUUAUAUAACCUCGUAAAGGUCUUAGAGUCCAGACAGAACUAGUUUAAUUUUUUAAAAAAGCAAUUAAUCGGGCAUCUUAGACUGGACUGGACCCCGCGGAGGGUGGGUUGGGGGCUGCGUUGGCACAUUAAUGAGCCCGUUUCCGUGGUGACCGUGCCGGUGAGGAGCAGGUGAACGCUAGUUUGGAUUAGAUUCCGGCUCUGAUGCUCCUCGUGUGCCUUUGUCCUCGUUGUCCAGCGGGUUGGAGCUGCAGUCGGUGUGAAGGUGCCUGAAGCUACCUGAUGAUUUAAGUAACUUUCUUUAAACCAAGACUGUUUUAGCUUUUUUUUUUUUUUUUUUUUUAAUUAAAAAGUUUUUUUAAUGUGAUUUGAUGGACUUUAAUCUCUUUAAUCAGCAGAGGGACAGAGACUGAGUGACGGGGAGAAGGGUUUUUUGGGGGUGAGUGUUAUUGGUGUUCACGCUAAGGGCCUAUAACUCAUACGAGUCAUUUCUGUGUAUGUGUGUUCAGUUAAAGUCUAUAGGUGGUGAUGAUGAUGAUGAUGAUGAUGAUGAUGAUGAUGAUGAUGAUUUUUAGCACGUUUGAACACUUGGAGCCCUUUCCCUCCUCAGGAUGACUGUUUGUUUUGUAAAUGUUCCUCGUCUGCUGUCCGUUUCCUCCGGCCACUUUUACUUGGCUUUGUUUAUUUUUUUGUUUUUAUCUGGUAGCUGCUGGUAGUUGGAAUGAUGAAGACGUGCUUGUGUUGAUGUUUCAGCUGUGCGUGCCCAGGAAAAGAGAAACGGUGUGUAAUUUUAGUGAAGAAUGUGAAGGGGGGCCGUCGAGGCUCUCUCUCUUGUAUAAACGCCUUUUGUAAUCAUAUGUAUUUAAAUGAAUAA